AUGCAUGGAUUGGUCCUUUUCUUGACCGUUCCCGCUUUAUCCAUUGGUGCAAUCACAGUAGAUGAUUCAUGUUCCCCAGCGACAGGAGCCGGCUCCGGACGCACUCAAUUGCACAGGCGUUUGCCUCCUGCCGUCCUCACUUUCUCUGGUUAUUUUAAACCAGAGCCCACCAGCCUCAUCCUCUUCGACGACAAUGCACGGUUGACAAAGAUCUGGGCCUUCGUCAUGGACAAUUCUUCCGUAUCCUCCUUUCAACAUCAGCACCAGCUUCGACAGGAUGCCCUUGCCCAGGUGCCACCGGAGACCAUGGACUCCACGCAAUACCUCUACCCGUACUUCCACGGGCCUCCCAUCUCCGGCAGCCUCGACGACUGUGUCAUGGCCUCUGCCUUCAUGUUCGCUCCCGAGCUGAUGGGAUACCCGUACUACGCGUCCUUCAAUCCACCUCCGCCACACCAGUACACGCCUCCAACUCCGGCUUACAGCACCGGGAGCCAUGGCCAUGGCCAUGGAUGCGUCACCCCGGGGGCGAUGCCUCCGGCACCAGCACCAGACGGCCCCGUUCGCCCGCCGCCGUUAGUCCACACCUAUUCCGACAGCAGCAUCUCGUCUGCGAGCCGUCUGGCCCGCCAGCAAACCGUCCCCGUGCAUAUCCACCACCCUCCCAGCUCCUCUGGCGAUGAUGCGCUUCUGGUACAAGCGGCGCGCCCUGCCGUACCGGAAAGUGCUCCGAUGUCGAUGUUAGCUCCAAUACCAGCACCGAAACCUGAGCAGGCACCUGCAGCACCGAGCCGUCCCGCUCCAGCCAGAUCGGGUGGCGGGAACACCAAGGGAAACGUCAACAAGAAGGCGGUAUCGGGGAUGAUGGCGGAGACGGCUACAGACACAGAAACAACAAGAUCACGCCCCUCCUCGCCCUCUUCCUCACGCCGCCGGGACGCGCCGAAGAAGAGCCAGAGAAUGGAAUCGUCUGAGUCGUCUUCACGGCAAGACAGAAACGGCAUUUCGACUAGCAGGAUGCCAGCCGCAUCCGAAUACGUGACGCCGGCCGGCAGGAAGAGGAGCACGCAGUGUAACAACGAUCAUGGCCACGAUCCCAAGAGCAGCAACCGCCAGGCAGCGCACAAGUUCCGCACCCGCAAGCGUCACAGCGUCGAGCGUCUCAAGGAGGCUGAGGCCACGGCCCGCUCGAGACAUCAGGAGCUGAGAGAGGAGGCCACCCGCCUCCGCCACGAGAAGGUGCACCUCCAGAACAUGAUUCUCGAGCACGGCGAGUGCGCAUGCCCUUACAUCGACGACUACAUUCAGGCCGCGGCCAGGACAUGCGUCGCCCGCCGGGCAGGCGGCAUCUCGGGUGGUGAUACAUGUAGUAUAAAUUUCACGAGUAAUAGUUCUCCCACAGUCAGCGCUGCCUCUACGGCAUGA